UUAAUCUUAGAGUGGACAUUACAGGUCCCUGUCUUAUUGACAUCAUGUAUGUCUGGAAAAUGAUACAAUUCAACCCUGCCUGAAAUCCUCGUGGGUACUUUUCAAAAAGAAGAUCCCAGGAAGCUUUUAAAGGCAGCGUGAAAGGGGUUACCGCUGGUGACGGUGACGUGUGCGCAGCGACACAUGGCUCAUUGAUUUCGGGAAUACUCGACUGUAUAUUCUCACUCUAGCAAAGGUCCUACAUCCAAAUCAGCCCCAAAGCCACCAUUUAAGAUUUAAGCUAAAAAAAACAAACAAAAAAAAAAACUUAAAAAAACUCGGUACCUUUCACACACAGCAUUGUCCGGGGAAAAAGCAGGAACAUGUGGAAGAGGGCAACGGCUGUCAGCAGCGCCAUGCAAUUGAUUCUCGCGUUGCGUUUUGGAGGUCUUGUGUUCAAAUCCUGUGCUCAGUCCUCAUUUCCAUUGAUCAGCUCUUCACGCCCCCUUUCACACGGAGUCGCACCGUAAUGGGUUCAUUAGAGACAUAAAAAUCGUGGAGAGAUGCCGUUUUUUUUUUUCCGCCUCUGCCAGGUGAUUUGCGCAGCCGUGAAAAAGCGUUGGCGGGCAGUGAGAAAGCGGCGGUGCUGGUGAAAAAUUGGGAUGGAGGAAUUCCUGAAAUUGGUGGGAGUUGAAACUUGUCCCAAAGUAGCUUUAAACCCGACACAGCUGUAAAGUGCGCAUCACGGAUUGGAGCGGUCGACCUCUUCUCUUCAUCUGUGGUCAAAUUCUCUCCCACUGAGCUGUGCCCCACUCGCUUGGGAUGUCGUUUGUGUUCCAGCUAUGUGGUGGCCAUCGGGAAGUUCGGGUAAACUCCCGCAAGGUUGGUCCAUCCCAGGCCGAAAUGGCGGCACGCAGCCGAGGGCUGCGGCGAACCAGCAUUGCGUAUUGGUCCCUUUCAAACAAAAGAAAUGGGCAAAGAGCCGAGCGGCAGCCUGAAACGCGUCUGCGGCGAGGCGUUUCGAGCACCUCUAACGGUGUUUACGUUUUGCAUUUGCACAAAAGUGUUGCAGUCAAAUGGAAAAAUGUGGUGAAGAUGUCAAGCAUCCGUUGGUUCCGCAGAGCUGGCCGAUGGGGUCGCGGCAACAUGGACGCCGCCAACGCAAGCCAAGCGCAGCGGUCGUCAGCAAGCCAGCCCUCCGCUAACAGGAUGGCGCCCACCUGGGAUGAAGUGGUCUACCCGGGCCUGGUGGACAGCACCCGUCUGCCAGCCGUGCGCGUGGCGCUCAUCCUGGCGUACGGCACCAUCAUCACCUUGGGCGUGGCGGGCAACGCCCUGGUGAUCCACGUGGUGUUCCGCUUCCGCCGCCUGCGGACCGUCACGAACUUCUUCAUCGCCAAUCUGGCUCUGGCUGACCUCCUGGUGGCCUCCCUGUGCUUGCCGUUCACGCUGGUGUACACCCUGCAUGGCGAGUGGGCGUUCGGCCGGGUGCUGUGCUUCGUCUUGCCCUGCGCUCAGGGCGCCGCCGUUCACGUGUCGACGAUCACGCUCAACGUCAUCGCCGUGGACCGCCUCCGCAGCGUGGCGCGCCGCCCGGACGGGGCGCCGCGCAUGUCCCGGUGGGCGUGCGCUGCCGUGGUGGCGAUCACCUGGGUGGUCAGUGCGCUCCUCGCCAGCCCGCUGGCCAUCUUCCGCGAGUACGCCAUCUUCCACUUGGCUCCCGGCGAGUCCAUCCGGGUGUGUGCCGAGAAAUGGCCCGAGGAGGGCGGCAGCACCCCCUACAGCCUGGCCAUGAUGCUGCUGCAGUACAGCCUGCCCUUGGCUGUCAACAUGGGGGCCUACACGUGCAUCUGGAGUAAGAUGAACGCCAGCCGCCUGUCGCGCACCCACCGCCGCCGUCGCAAGACCACCAAGAUGCUGGUGAUGGUGGUGGCCGUCUUCGCCGUCAGCUGGCUGCCACUGCACGCCUUCCAGCUGGCCGUGGACAUCGACAGCCGCGUGGUCUACAUGGACGACUUCAAGCUGCUCUUCAGCGCCUUCCACGUGGUGGCCAUGUGUUCCACCUUCGUCAACCCCAUCCUCUACGGCUGGAUGAACAGCAACUACAGGAGCGCCUUCUUGGAUGUCUGCAGAUGCUACCGGCCCUUUAACGUCCAUAAAAAGAUGAAAACGAUGGCCUCCGCCCCAGUUUACAAGUCCAGCAAGUUCUAAGUCACACUUCCCAUUUCAAAUUGUUGCUCGGGUGAGGAGUGGGACUGUGAUUGCCGUUUUAUUGUCCGUCUCCGUGUUGCUGAACCGUUUGUGUUCAGUCCGUCGCUCACAGACUUGAAGCACCGCAAAAACAGAUGCUGAUUAGCGUGAGGCUAGCGGGGGGCCUUUCUUGAAGCAGAUGUUUGGCUGUUUUAAAUACACCGGGUGUAUUUCUCUUUGUUUGGUUUGACAGUUCACUACAACGAGGAGUGGCGUCGUACUGUUACGACAGUAUUGCCAAAUUGCUGACUUGUUGUCCCUCUGCAGGCGCGACUGGCUGUAUUAGAGCAACAGAAAUGCAUAUGAAAUGGAGUCUAAUCUAUUUUACAUGGUCACCAAAGUCCAAGUUGCAAUUACAGUGGUCGUACAUACUCUUGAAUGACUUCACUCUGUCAGAUCCCGACUGGUUUUGAAUGACUUCCGGAGGAAGGCUUUCCGGUUGUCUUCAGGUGCUACUGGCCCUUUAAGAGCGACAAAAACACCAAUAAAAAAAGUCUCUACCCAAUAGACAAGUCCAUCAAAGUUUACGUUGGAUUUUUUUUGAAGAUUUUGUACUCUACAAGUAUCCUCUAUUCGCUAAGCACCCGACUAGUUUUGGAUAACUACAUGCGCACCUUUCGGUCGAUUGUCGUAGUUUUAGCAGCCCUUGAAGAAGAAUGACACAGGCAGCUCAAGAGAAAACGAAAGAGCGUUUUCAAACUUCAUUCGGUGUCCCCACCACACGUCGUCGCCAAGAACGCCAUUGCUUUUGAAUGAGCUCCAAAUAUCGGGGAUUUUCUCAUUUCACUG